UCCCCACGCGCUCGCCGCAGCAAAAAAAGAGGAAAAAAAAUUCUAGGGUUUCCGCUCCGAUCCCUCCCGGCCGACAAGGUAACCGCCUCUCCCCCUCCCGCUUCCCCGCCCGAUCCGGCGACCUCGCGGUGGUGCUAGAUUCGGGCCGAACCGAUCGCUGCUUCGUCUUCUUCUAGCUAGGGUUCUCGUGGUCCCUCCCGUGGAGGGAUCGGUCGUGUAGCGAUGGCGUGUUAAUUGGGGCUUGAAAGGAUUUUGUGUAGUAGCCGCAGCCGCAGCCGCCAUGGCCGACAAGGGGAUCAACCCGGCGCUCUUCGCCAACGACGGCUCCUUCAUGGAGAGAUUCAAGCAGAUGCAGCAGGAGAUGCAGGGCAAGGGGAAGGCCUCGUCCACCUCCACCUCCACCUCCACCCCCAUGUCCGCUAACCCUAAGCCGGCUGUCGCGAGCAAAAGGCCGCUCGAGCUGAAGGGGGGAGAGGUCAGGAAGGCUGGCUCGGUCUCGUCGGGCGCCAAGCUUGCCUUCAGCCUCAAGAAGAACAAGGUCGCUGUUGCGCCGGUCAAGUUUGCGGCCGACGACGAGGAGGACGAGGAAGACGCCGGUGGUGCUGAGAGGCAGGAGCCUGCGAAGCGGCAGAGGUCUGAUGCUCCUGCUGCGGCUGCCCCGUGGAGGGUCGUUGCCCCAUCACCACCAAAUGAUAUGACAGUGAAGCAAGUCGCCGACAAAUUAGCAAAUUUCGUUGCCAAAAAUGGGAGACAGUUUGAGAAUGUCACGCGUCAAAGGAAUCCUGGAGAUACACCAUUCAAGUUUCUGUUUGAUAAAAACUGUUCAGACUACAAAUACUAUGAGUCUCGGCUUGCUGAAGAAGAAAAGUUACUUGCUCAGUCAAAGGAGGCUCAGGCAUCGAAACAUGCUAGCUCAAGCAAUCCAAGCUCCAGAGCACCAAGUGGUCCUCAGAGAAGCUCGUUUGAACCAAAGACUAACUAUCAAACACCUGCUUCAGCUUUGUAUGGGACAUAUGAGGGUAGUUCUUCCCAGGGAAGCUCAUCUGGCUAUGGCGAGCCUCCCAAAGACCCAGUAGCAUUGAUGGAAUUCUACAUGAAGAAAGCUGCACAUGAAGAACGGAAGAGGCCACCAAAACAAUCAAAAGAUGAAAUGCCACCACCUCCUUCUCUUCAAUGUUCUUCUUCUUCCAAGAAAGGACAUCACAUGGGUGAUUUCAUUCCCCAAGAAGAACUUGAAAAGUUUAUGGCACGUUGUAACGAUGCUGCUGCACAAAAAGCUACCAAAGAAGCUGCAGAGAAGGCUAAGAUUCAGGCUGACAAUAUCGGGCACAAACUUCUGUCUAAGAUGGGCUGGAGGGAAGGUGAGGGCCUUGGCAGUGAGAGAAGUGGCCGUGCAGACCCCAUUAUGGCUGGAGAUGUGAAGAAGGACCAUCUUGGUGUAGGCGCUGUCCAACCUGGUGAGGUCACAGCUGAAGAUGAUAUCUAUGAGCAAUAUAAGAAGCGAAUGAUGCUUGGCUACCGUUAUAGGCCAAACCCACUGAACAAUCCAAGGAAAGCAUACUACUGAUACAACGGGCGCUUAUCCAAGGGGAGAUCAGAGAAGCCAAGAAGUUCAUUUAUUCAGCAUAUAACCUUUGAAUGCCAGAGGCUUCCCGGUGUUCUGCAGUAGCUUUGGUUUUAUGUAGUGUUACAUCUAUGGUGCUUUAACUAUUGCCAUUUGGUGUGUUUUCCGUUUUGUUUCAAAUGGUGAUGUAUUUCUGUUUCAAUUAUAAAUAAUGUAUCUUCAUGCUUAUUCAACACAUACUGAACUUGUGUCACUUGAUUGCUGCUCCUUGUUUCUGCAAAUAUGUGGAAACUGGAAAAAACAGAAGCUUCCAAAAUCCGAAAUACUAAGCAAAAGUUAUUCUCAUUUUA